UGAACAUAGCGAUGAAGUCCUAAUCAUGUUGCUGACUUCUGAGAACUGUGUGGUCUCAAUUUAUGUCACACCAUCCAAGCAGGAAUGUAAAAAAGGAAGAAAAAAAAAAAAAGAAAAGAGAGCGUGGGAUACAAGGGAUUACAGGUAGAAAGACGUGGCAGGCAGCAAGCACUCCUGCUGAUUACCGCACAGCGCCCGAGGCGAUCCCGAGGCGGGAGCAGGACUACAUCUCCCGUCAUGCCGCAUCCCGGCGGGCGCCGCCGCCAUCUCGGCACCGGCACCGUUGGGUCGGGGCGGUGUCCCCGCCGCAUUCCCCGGUCCCGGCCGCAUUCCCGGGUCCUGGCCAUGAGCCGCCUCAGCGGCGGCUGGGACGGCGCCGGCGAGGAAGUCCGGCUGCUCCUGGACCUGUACUGCACCCUGCUGUCGAGUCUCUAGACCUCCGAGACUGUGAUAUUUCCGAUAAUGCUUUACUGCAGCUUUAUAACUGCAAACAGCUGAAAAAAAUCAACUUGAAUUCUUGCAAGGAAAACAGAUUUGGAAUCACUUCAGAAGGUGUCAUAGCACUGGCCUUAUCCUGCCCUUACCUGCAAGAAGCGUCUUUUAAAAGGUGCUGUGAUAUAACUGACAGUGGAAUUCUUGCUCUUGCACUCAACUGCCAAUUCCUACAAAUAGUGAACUUGGGCAGCUGUUCAGGCAUCAUGGAUGCAUCUCUGCAGGCACUAGGAGAAAACUGCAAGUUUCUUCACAGUGUGGACUUUUCAUCUACUCAGGUAACAGAUGAUGGCGUUGUAGCACUAGUGAGUGGAACAUGUUCAAAGAAUUUAAAGGAGAUCCACAUGGAGCGCUGUGUGAACCUGACCGACGUCGCCGUGGAAGCCGUCCUUAAUUGUUGUCCGAAGAUACACAUUUUUCUGUUCCAUGGAUGCCCACUGAUAACAGAUCGUUCUCGAGAUGUUUUAGAGGAGCUCAUCAUAUCAAACAAAAUCAAGCAAGUCACGUGGACUGUUUACUGAUUAUUUAUCCUGUACGAAUGAGUGUCAAGUUUACAGAUAGGAGAGCCCUUUCAGCAAGCAAGCACCUUGGAGAACCAGCUGGUGACUUUUGUACCACCAGAUUGUGUCCCUCCUGGUUCCCACUGGAGGUCUCUGUUGCUAUUCCAGUCCUUGCCUGUGUGUCUGGGCUUCCCCAUUGUCUCUGCUUGGAGCCCUGUCUGUCUUUGCAUCGCUGAUGAUACUUCAUUAAGAGGAAAGUUAACUAUAACACUACACUGAGCCAUAGCUCAGCCUCCUCGAAGUAUCAGGCUUGGCUGCUCCUUGGCAUCCUUUAGCAACUUAGCUACAUGUACAGACCCACUUUGAGUAACUCUGAGUUUGUAGGCUGGGAAGGUACUUGCAACUAAAAGUACCAAGCCCAAACACAUCAUUGACACUCACACAGAAGUGUCUGUAAAGUUGGGAGUUAUAUCUGACAAAAGUCAUCAGACAGACAGGUGAAUGGAGGUGGCAUUAAGAGCAAUACAAAUGUAUUUUUAGUAGUAACAAACAAUCUCCUUUCACCAUGUACCUCUGCUAGAUCUGGAAUGAAAAAUGUAGGUACCUUUCUUCUGAUGUUACUGAUGCUGCAGAUUUCUGGUUUUAUUUACCAUCAAAUACUUGCUGGAUUUUUACAUAUCCAAAGCUACAGUCUGUAAAUGUGUGAACAUAAACUUGCUUUGGAAUUGUUAUGGUGACUUUACAAAUUUCAGAGUAGUAGCUAUGACCAGUAAAAGAGUUUUGUAUAUGGGCAAAUAUUUAAUUUGCCCUGGCUUUUGCCUAUGUUUCUACAUGAAAAUCCUUUUAGGGAACAAAACAUUGGUACUCAUAAGCAUAGCUGUGAGUGAAAUAGGACCAAAUUUUGUGUCUGAGUAUAUAAAUCUCAGGAUGGUAGAGUUCAGUAGAGUAUGUGUUCUGCUGUAUGCGGUUUAUUAUAUAUCCAGGGCCACCCAGAAGCUGAAAAUAACAAUAAAUGUAUUGUUUAAUUAUAGUCAUAUUAAAGAAAAAAUUUUUGAAUUGUAGAAUGAGUUUAUUACAUAAUGGAACAGUGGUCUCAUCACAGUUAUAAGUCAUGUUCAUUGGCUGUCUUGAACCAGCAUAAUCUCUCGUGAGAAUUCUAUGAUUUCUGCAUUAAACUUCUUAAAAUGCUAGCAAUUUUAGCAUUGUACAGGGCAUGGAGCACACUAAGUUGAUACUCUGUAUGUGGAAGUAGAAGGGUUUAGCUAGGGUGGUCUUACAUGAAUCUGAGGAUAUUUGGAAACUUGUGAGUUAAGGCAACUAUAAUGAAUAUGUUUACUUUACAAUUUAACACCUGUCAUAGCCACACUUAUUUUGAGUGUUGCAGAAAUAAACCAGUCUUCUACUAAUCUAUUCAAAGUUCAAGUCAAAUUGCAUGGAAGAUACAUGUUGCAGCCAAUAUUAAAGGAUAUUAUGAUGUCCGACAAGGAUCUCGUUCUUGUGUUGAUUAUAUGGUUCUUGAAAGAGCAAAUCUAUUUAGAAAAGUUGUUCAAGUGUAACUAAAAGCAUAAUUUUCCAACUCCAGAGCCUAAAUCCCUUACUCUUGUUGCAUGCAGUACCAUGGCUCAGCCCAGUGAUGAGUGUGUUCCUGUGAUCCCUGUAGGUACAGCUGCACCAGCACAAACCAUUCUUGCAAACAGGAGUUGAUUUUGCUGCAUUAUCCACAAGCAUCUGAAAGCUGUAACUGCAGCAGAUCCUUGCAGUGGAUAGAUUAAUAACCUGAUCUACCAAGUUUUAUUCCUUUUUUUGGGCUAAGUUUAUUUUUAUGCCCUGUGUAGUCCCUGGUAUCAAUCAGGGCCCAUCAUUCCUUUAAACUCUUGGACGUGAGUUGGCAAUAAAUUUGUUUUUAAUAUUAAUUUAUUUUUGAUAUUGAUCCAUCUAGCUGAUUAAGCAGCAGCAAUGAGAGGCUCGGUAAUUCUGUCCAAUGGGUAAAGCAUUCCUGGUUGCCACAAAAAGACUAAGUAGAAUUGAAAAUUAACUGAAGAAGGGAGGAGCCUUGGGAGGUUUCAAGUAUAACUUCCUGCCCAAAGUAGGGCCAGCUCAAAGCUCAGACCAGCUUAGUCCACGCUUUAUCCAGCCAAGUCUUGAAAAACUGAAGAUACAGAGCCUUCACAACCUUUUGAGGCAACUUGUUCCACUGCUUGACUGUAUUAAUGCUGGAAAUUUUUUUCCUUAUGUCCUGUUUGACCCUAUUUUGUGUCCACACCCUUUCUCUCGCUGGUAGAGCCUGGCUGUCAUCCUGAUGGCCUCCUCACAGGUGUGGUCAGGCUGCUCAGAGGUUCCUUGAAGCCCUGUCUUUUCCAAGCUGAACAAGCCCAGUUCCCUCACUCUGUUGCUGUCAUGUAACAAUAUAUAUUACAUUACAAGGUGGUGGUCACUAGACUCCCAAGUGCUACAUCCAGAAAGAAAGUUACAAAUUAAGAUUAUGUAAAGCAGCGAGAGGUGGAAGACCACCAAAAUCUGUAAUAGCAAAGGACACUUAAAAAAAUUAUCUGUGGGACAAUACUACUACUAACCUCACUGGCAAAGUUGUCCUUUUCCCCCUUGCUAAUGUAACCUUGGAUUUGUCAUGUUGUCACGUCGAAGGCAAAUGCAGCCUAUAGUGUGUCCUUAAAUGUGCAUGUGGAUUUACCAUCUUCCCCUAUAGCCUCUUCUAAAUGUGUAACUUUGUAUCCUCACCUUGUGCUUAAAAAAUCUGUACAACAGGGCAACAAGUUAGCACUGCAUUUUUAGGUUUGAAAGUUCAAUGUAAGUCACUUUAAAUCCUUCCCCAGUAGAACUUUUACAUGUUUAUUACUUGCAUAACUCUACUGGAGUAUUUUUUGAUUCAGGUUAAAUCACAGUAAUUUUCAACAAAUGUUGGCAAGCACUGGGUAAAGAGAAGAACAUCACGUAUGUGCUUACCACUUCCUAUUUCUGUAUUGCUUGGAUAUUGUUACUGUUGCAAAAUGUUGGGUGAGCACUGCAGAAUAUUCCUAUAUUGUUCAGAUGAUUAAAGUUUGUAAAACAUCUGUUUGGAUAGUUCUGGAAACUGUUAAAUUACAUAACCAUGUACAUCUGA